GCUUCUGCGUCGUGAUGUCGGAUUGUUUCGACAGAGGUCUGUUUAGUUGUUUCAAUCGUUUUUACAGUAAAUAAUCGCAGGACAUUUUGCUGCACAAGAAUGGAUGUUACAACAUAUUACAGCUUCUGGAUCGUUGUAUUUCUGUCUUUAUGGGAAUCUUCGCUUGGCCAGAUUGUCUAUUCCGUCUCCGAGGAGGUAAAUAAGGGAACUGUGAUCGGGAAUAUAGCAAAAGACCUGAAGAUCAGUGCUCAGGAACUAGAAACACGCAUGUUUCAGAUUAUGCCUGCAGGAUCAAAUGCAAAGUAUUUUGAUGUAAAUGUGAAAACGGGCUCGCUGUUUGUCAACGACCGGAUUGAUCGCGAGGAGUUGUGUGGCAGCAAUCAGAAAUGUGCGUUAAAUUUAGAGGCUCUUGCUCAAAAUCCUCACAGACUCUAUCGGCUUGAAAUUAUAGUCGUGGAUGUGAAUGACAAUGCUCCCUUUUUUCCAGAAAGCACGUAUGUUGUUAAUGUUACAGAGAUUGCAAAUGAGGGGGACAGGUUUCCUCUACCAAUUGCAAAAGAUUCAGAUGUUGGCAGUAAUUCUCUGAAAGACUACAAUCUCAGUUCAAAUGAAUAUUUUUCUUUAGAUAUUCAUAGCGGGCAAAAGAGUAUGUUGGCUGAAUUAGUGCUACAGAAAGCUUUAGACAGAGAGAAACAAGCUGCUAUUCACUUAAUACUCACCGCUAUUGACGGAGGAAAACCUCCUAAAUCUGGAACAUUGAGUAUUGUUGUUGACGUCAUAGAUGUUAACGAUAAUAAACCUAUUUUCAGAAAACCUUUGUACAAAGUUAAAGUGAAGGAAAACUCACCGAUCGGAACCAAAAUAAUCUCUGUUUCUGCCAGUGAUUUGGAUGAGGGCAUCAACAGUGAAAUUCAGUAUUCAUUUCUUGGUCAUGAAAAUACCGAUGAAACGAACCGGUUUACAAUUAAUUCCAAAUCAGGGGAAAUUGCUGUUCAAGGACAAAUUGACUAUGAAGAAGACUCUGCAAUUGAACUGCGAGUUCAGGCGAGAGAUAAAGGCGUUCCUCCAAAAAGUACACACUGUAAAGUUUUAAUAGAAGUUGUGGAUGAGAAUGACAACGUACCAGAAAUAGUUACGACUCCUCUGCUGGAAAGUGUGAAAGAAGAUGCAAAACCGGGAACUGCAGUGAACUCCGUCUCUUUCCAGCAGCACUGUUAUAACUCUACAUAUCUCUGA